AUGUUCUGGGGCCUAGCAGCAAUAACAGCAUCCGAGACCGGGUUCCCCGAGAUCCAAGGAAAGCCCACAUGGACCUCACUCGCGCGAGCCGUCUUCAACAUGCAGAUACACCGGUGGGACACGAGUUCCUGCCACGGGGGCAUAAACUGGCAAAUCCACCUGUGGCAAGAAGGAAACACACUACGCAACGCGAUCUCCAACGGCGGACUGUUCCAACUCGCUGCUCGAUUAGGCCAUUUCACGAAGAACGAGACGUACUUCAAGUUCGCCGAGCAGAUCUGGGACUGGUCUGUUAAUUCACCGCUCAUUCAGCCGGGCCAGGAUUGGCUUGUCGCGGACUCGACGUUGGGGGAUAAUAAUUGUGCCGAUAGUGAUCACAUGCAGUGGACGUAUAAUUAUGGGUCGUAUCUUGCGGGGUGCGCGUUUAUGUAUAACUCAACCGGUGAAGAAAAAUGGCUCAACGCCACGACGGGACUCCUGGGCCGUCCGGAGAAGCAGUUUUUUCUAGAGGAUUAUGGAGGGAAUGUUAUCUCCGAGGAAUCCUGCGAGAGACGUCACUCCUGUAACCGGAACAUGCUUUGCUUUAAAGGGUGGACUGUCAUGUGGAUGGCGUAUACAGCGAUGCUUGGAUCCGCUGAGGCUAUUGGUCGCCGGUGUGAUGGGAAAGGUAGAAAGAAUCUGUGUGGACUGCGCUGGUAUCAGGACACCUGGGAUGGGAUCAUGGGCUUGGAGGUACAGAUGGCUGCUCUUGGUGGCAUCACCUCUAACCUGAUGCUAAUGAGCGGUGAGGCUACGCUGACGAUUGAGACGAACCGGAACGCUGAAGAACAUCAUUUGGAGACGUCGAGCGACGAGGACCUUAGGCCGGGUGCACUACCGAUUAUUACCACGGGGGACCGUGUGGGUGCCUGGAUCCUACUGGGAGUUGGAGUCUGGGGAUCGCUGCUGCGGCUUGGUGGUUGA